GCGCACCGCCCUCGUCGUCUCCGCGUUCCCGUCCCACCCCGCGUCAGUCCCCUUCAGCCGAGGAGCGGCGCCGGCUGACCCGCUUCGGAGCUCCGCGCUCGCCGCUCGUUCGGAGCCACCUCGGAAGGGAUUUAUUGAGCCCCCGAAGACGCCGAUUCACCCCCCCCCCCCCCACACCCAUCCAGGCUCUCUUUUUACGACCUUAGCGUAUCUUGCUGGACUUUAUUACUGUAUCACGUCCGUCUCUUGGUGCUGAACUGGUUUUGGACCUGGACCUCUACUGAUGGAACAGGCUCACUCCUACGUUCUCCCGCAGCCGCCCAACGCCACCUAACAUUUCCUGGAAGAACGUGUCCGCGGCCUGCUCCCAACAAACAUGGACUGUUUUCCCAUGCUUUAUUUUCUGUCGGUAAGUGACUGGCAUGUGACUUUUAAAGCGCGGAUAAAAUCCCAUUUCCAGUUUGAAAACUGGCCCUCGGUCUUAGCUUAUUUAGCCUCAAAUGGAGGGGAAAGGAAGGUGAUCCAUCAAAUUCAGUUUUUCAUCUAUAGGAUCAAAUAUUUUCGAAAUAAUGCUUUUGUGAGUGUAUCAGAACGUUGAGGCGGACUGCAUGCCCGUCCAAUUUGGUCUCCGGUUUGAAGUGUGUCACCAAAGACCACAUGCAAGUGAUCUGAGAGGGUCUUCUUUCCUGUCAACACGCCAGACCGGAUCAUUAAGUGCAAUUCGCGGGCCGGUUAUGAAAUCUCGUCUCCGGGUGUGUGUCAAAAGUUCAAUUUCCAUUCUUGUGACCUGUGUCCCAAUCAGAGACAUCAUGAUUCCUGGUAAUCGAAUGCUGAUGGUCCUUUUCAUAUGCCAAGUCCUGCUGGGAGAGAGCAACCAUGCCAGUCUGAUACCUGAAGAAGGGAAAAAGAAAGUGCCGGGCCUGCAGGGUCGUUCGGACGCCCGGAGCCAUGAACUGCUGCGGGACUUCGAGGCCACCCUGCUGCACAUGUUCGGCCUCAAGAGGCGGCCCCGGCCCAGCCGUUCGGCCGGCGUGCCGCGCUACAUGCUGGACCUGUACCGGCUGCAGUCCGGGGAGGGAGACGAGUCCGGCGGCGGCGGCGAAUUCGCCUUCGAGUACCCGGAAAAGUCGGCCAGCCGGGCCAACACCGUGAGGGGCUUCCACCAUGAAGAGCACAUGGAGCGAGUGCACGAGUUGGAUGACGGUGAGGCCGCGCCCUUCCGCUUCCUGUUCAACCUCAGCAGCAUUCCCGAGGACGAGCUGCUCUCCUCGGCCGAACUGCGCCUCUACCGACGGCAGGUAGCCGAGGCGGGCGGCGACGACGACGACAACGCCAACGCGGGCCUCCAACGGAUCAACGUGUACGAGGUGCUGAAGGCCCCGCGGCCGGGUCAACUCAUCACGCAGCUCCUGGACACGCGACUAGUGCGGCACAACACGUCUCGCUGGGAGAGCUUCGACGUCAGCCCCGCCGUGCUGCGCUGGACUCGCGAGCGCCGCCCCAACCACGGCUUAGCCGUGGAGGUCCAGCACCUGGACAAGACGCCGCGGCGCCGGGGCGAGCACGUCCGCGUCAGCCGCUCGCUCGGCCGGGAGCCCGGCGAGGACUGGGACCAGCUGCGCCCCCUCUUGGUGACGUUCGGCCACGACGGCAAAGGUCACCCGUUGACCAAGCGGACCAAGCGCAGCCCCAAGCAGCGAGGGCGCAAGCGCAACCGCAACUGCCGGCGCCACGCGCUCUACGUCGACUUCAGCGACGUGGGCUGGAACGACUGGAUAGUGGCGCCCCCCGGCUACCAGGCCUACUACUGCCACGGGGAGUGCCCCUUCCCGCUGGCGGACCACCUCAACUCCACCAACCACGCCAUUGUCCAGACACUGGUGAACUCUGUGAACAACAACAUUCCGAAGGCCUGCUGCGUGCCCACGGAGCUCAGCGCCAUCUCCAUGCUCUACCUGGACGAACACGAUAAGGUGGUGUUGAAAAACUACCAGGAAAUGGUGGUGGAGGGCUGCGGCUGCCGCUGAACCGCCAGCUAAAAACCGGACUUUACGGAUUCGGACAAAAACAACUCUCUAAAAAAAAAAAAAAAAAAAAGAUCUUUUCUUAAAAAUUUCACUUGGACCCUUAUUUAUAACUUCUACACGGAGGUGUACUUUUGUUUCACUCUUUUUUUUGGUUGUUGUUCCUUUGAUAAUAUGAUCAUAUAUUUUGACAAAAUAUAUAAAUAUAUAUAUUUAUAUCAACAUGUUAAAAAAUUAAUUGAGUCCUUAUUUUAAACAUGGAGAAAAAAAAAGCUGUACAACUUUUCAUCAUGUACAUUAGAUUGUAUACAUUUUUUAUUGAUAAAAUAGUAAAGAUGAAAAAAAGAAUUUUAAGAAUUUUAAUAUUUAUUUCUCUCACCCUCAUAUACAUUGUUUCUCCCCAAAGAACAACACUUUAUGAAUCAUAGAAGACCCAUAUUAGGAUACUACAAUGAAAAUCUCCAAUUAUUUUGUGCAAAAAGAGUAAAAUAUAUUGUCGCACGAGUCCCCAGAUUUGGUGAAUUUUGAUUGAAUACACAAAGGAGUUAGUUUUUGCUACGUUUCUGAUUUGAAAAAAAUGACAUAUCUGGAGAUAGAAACUUGUUUUUACCUUUGUACUGCGACAAUAUAUUGGCAUAAAGUCAGCGUAUACUGUACACGAAUAAAUGCUAAGAAAGAAAAGAACAAAUCAAAAAACCAAGAAAUUGUGUGCCUGCUUGAUGAUCAAUAGCUUCCAGUUUACUUUGACCAUGGGAUACUAGUGCUUGGAUUCAGGAAAAGAAAAAAAAAAACGUAAAUUCUCACUUUAUUGGUCGACUAAAAUUUUAAAAAAGUAUCAGAAAACUAAUACAACAUUACGAGCAUUUGCACGGCAGGCUUGUUCCGACGUAUCGUUAAGGGGUUUCAUUUCACGCAGUCUCUGGCUUAUUUACUUCUCCCAAAAUAUUUAUUUAUUAUUCUUUUUUUUUUUCCUAUUUCCUCGCCACUUUUCAACAAUUUGCAAAGCCCCUAAAGCUGUUUUUCCCUCCUUGCCGUCUUGCCAAUUGCCGUGACAGACGGUUUAAAUCCGUUUCAAAGGCGGUAGCGGGCCUUUCGUUAGGCUGCCCAUUGUUCUCCCCAUUUCACUUUAAUGUCAAUUAGGCUAACAUGUGCUGGGACAUUCACUAAUCCAAUUGCAAGCGGGGCUGCGGGUGAGGGUGAGUCUAUGCACCUCCCCCCCGACGUGGGGG